AUGAAAAUUUUUAAAAAAUUCAAAAAUAUAUUAACUAUACCAUUCACAUAUGGGUUAAAAACUAGGAUAGCCUUAGUAGAGGCAUUUAUAACGAUGGUUGGAAGUGUAUAUGCUUUAAUUCCAUGGGGAUUCGAUUUCAAUAUAAACGUUUUAUGUUUAAUCCCAGUGUUUUGCAUUAUGACAUCAUGUAAUGUUUCAUCUUAUAGCUCGAUUAUGUCUGGUGCAACAAUGUUUUUAGGUACAGCAGCUGCAAGCUUUUAUGUAUAUAUAGUCAUUAUAGUGGUAAGAGAUAUAAGAUGGAUUACAUUUAUAAUUACCUUCUUUUUCUCUUAUAUAUUAGCUACUCUGGUGGUAAUGCCUGGAAGGAGAUGGUUAGCCGGCUUAUUUAUGAAGAAGAUGUUUUUAGAUAUUAUUGUAGUUUUGUAUUUUACCCCAGUAGAAAGUGUUCAUUCAAACAUUUGGCAAAAUAUUGUAGCGGGUGGAUUUAUUUAUAGCUCAGUUUUAAUAGGUGCCCUUUUAUUCCCAAAUUUAGCAUCCCGUUUACUUUUUAGAAAGUCAAUUAAAACUAUGUACUCUGCAAGAAUUUAUUUUAGGGCAUUGGGUUAUCAAUUAGAAGAUAAAAUAUUUAAAGAAUCUUAUAAUAUUUUAAAUAAUAAUAAUAAUAAUGAAAAUAUAAAUAGUACAAAUAUAUCAAAUUCAGCAGCAAUUACAAAUAGUAUUUUUUAUAAUAGCAAUAAUAUGUUUUUAGGUAACAAUUACCGUACUCCUUUUGAGGAGGUUGAAAAUCAACUAAUUAAAGAACAGCAGUUAAAAAGUUCAAGUCAUAUAUUAUUUAAAUCAAAUAAUGAUAUUAAUAACAAUAAUAAUAUACUCAGUAAUACACUUUGUGGUAAUUUAAAUCCAAAUUCAUCGGUUUUAAACUCCAGUUCAAAUAGUUGUUUUAGUAAUAAUACAUUAAAUUCAAACAAUACAAUAAAUUCAAAUAAUAAAAAUGUAUUUGAAAUUCCAAAUUUUAUUCCAGUUUUACCAAAUAGUAGCACAAGUAAUGCAAACUCUAGUUUCGAAGAAAAAGAAAAAUUAAAAUUACCAUUAGCAAGAUCAAUAGGUAUCGAUAGGAAUACAAUAAUAGAUUUUAAACAUCAAGAAAAACAAUUGCAACAACAACUACAACAAAUUUUAGAAACCCAGGAAACUUUAUCAAAUGCUAACGAUUCAAUUAAAGAUAGCCAAAAUAUUGAACUAGAGUCAAUAAAAUCAAAUGAAAAUCAAUUUAGCAUACCGCCAAACUCACCAAUUGAAGUAACACCUCAACAAUCACAACCACCACAAAUAACUGAAGAAAUACCAAAAAUUUUAAUUAAUUCCCCAACAACUAUUGGUAAUGAACCAGCCGAUCUCAAGAGUAUUAAAUCAAUUGACCGAGAAAUUAAAAAGAAAAUUAAGGAUUUAAAUAAAAAAGGUUUAGACUCUGGAGAAAUAGAGGUAGAACUUUUAGAAAUUAAAUUAACAAAUGAAAUUACAAGAAUGCAAUCAUUAUUCAAUGAAUCAAAAGCAGAGUUCUGGAAUGCAGAUUUAAAUCAAACCUAUUCAAAGUUAAUAUUAAUGUUCGAGUUAUCAUUUAAGAAGUUGGUUUCCAUUAAAAUGUCAAUUCAAAAUGGGUUUAGUCCUUUAGCAAGUCAAGAGUUAAUUUCACCUUUGGUACCAUUUAUAGAUUGUGUUGUUGAAGAGGUUUAUUUGCAAAUGGGUUUAAUGAUUGAUAUUUUAUCAUCUAAAAAAUUACCAGAAAAUAAAAGAAAUAAUAGUAUCGAUAAACAAAAAGAGAAAGAAAAAGAAACAACAGAUGAAAAUAGUAGUGGUAAACAAGAAAGUACCACUGGGAUUUAUAAUGGUGAUGUUAUUAGUAUUGUUAGUUCAAUUCUUUAUAAUUCAUUUGAUGAAACUGAAGAGCUAGUUCAUAGGGUUAGAGGGGCUUUUAAAAAAGUAGUUGACCAAUAUCAAAAAAACAAUCACCCAAUUUUAAAUGCGACAGAGGUUUCAAAAGUACAUUUCUUUGUUCAUGAAAUUAUGUCUUUUACCCUACAACAACGUCAAAUUGCAGAUACUUUAAUCAAAAUUAAAAAUUUACAAAGAAGAGAAUCAUGUAGAUGGGAAAUUAUUAAACAUGGUGUAUUGUUUGUGUUUAUAAGCUUCCCAAGAUUAUUUUGGAAAAUAUUAAAAAAAAGCAAAGUUCCUCCACAACAAGAGCAAACAAUUUCAGAACCAGACGAACUAGAUUCAUUAUUUAUAAAAAUACUAAAAUGGAUUCAUUUUAAUUUCUUUUUAAAUAAUAAAUGGAGGUAUCCGUUACAGGUUGCAUUUGGAUUAUUAUCAACUAUUAUUCCAUUCUUUUAUUUUGAUGGUUGGUCUCAUGGGAGAUUUGUUGUUCAUGGUGUUUGGACAUGUGCCACUGUUAUGCUUGUCAUGGUUCCUUCUGCUGGUGCAACUAUCACUCGUGGUAUUAAUCGUUUUAUUGGUACUAUCGCAGGGGCUAUUGUUGGUUUUCUCACAUCCCUUUUAUGUAGUAUUAUCCCAACUCCAGCAAAAGAAAUUGUAAUUCUUUUAAUUACAUUUAUUUGGAGUGUAAUCAUCUCUUAUCCACAACAAGAUGUCAGAUAUUCAUAUGGUGGGGCAGUUUCAGGUAUUACCUUUUUAUUAAUUGUAUUGGGUCAGAAUUUCACUAAAGAUUUCGAUUAUAUGUAUGGUGUUUUAAGAGCCUUUCACAUUUUGGUUGGUGUAGUUUGGGUAAUCAUUAUAGGUUUAGUAAUUUUUCCAUAUUUCAGUUACAAAAAUUCAAGAAUUAAAAUAUUUAAAAUUACAAAUCAAAUGUCAGAUACCUUUAUAAAUAUUAUUGAACAUGGUUUAAGAAUGGGAGAAGAAAUAACCACAAAUAAUAAUAUGAAAUUAAGUAUAUUUUUAAAUAAAGAUCAAGAUCAAGAUCAAGGAGAACAGGUCAAAGAUGGAUCAAAUGGUGCAUCUAAUAUUAAUAGUCCAAAUGAUAAUAACAUUAGUACCAAUAAUAACACCAAUAAUAACAACAAUAGCUUAACAGAUGAAAGAAGAAAGGUUUUAAUUGAAAUUUUAAAAGAUUGCAACGAUGAGGAGUUUAUUGAUGGUAAUUAUAAUAGUGAAACUAGAGAAUCCCAGUACAAUCUUAAUGCAGCUUAUAUCCACGAUCCACAUUUUAAUAUUAUUUCAAUCAAUGAUGAAACUAUUCAACACAGAAGGGAAAUGAGAAAAAUUAUUAUGGACUCAAUUAGGACAAUCAAAAUAUCAAUAGAUCAAGUUAAAUCCUCUCUCUAUGAUAUUAGAUCAGAAAUGGUUUUCGUAUCACCUUCAAAAACUAGCAAAUACUUUACAAUUGUAGAUAAAUUAAACGAAUCUUUCACAAGACUUGUAGCAUUGGAAAAUUCAUUUAAUCCCAUUUUUAGUGAUCUAUUAAUUUUAUCGAUGUUCGAAUUAAAAAGACCACUUAACCAAUUAUUUAAACAAUUGAACCAUUCAAAAUUUGAACUCAGUCAACUGAUAGAUGGUAAACAUGACAAAAAAUCAUCAUUAAAAGCAAUAUUAGAUUCAUCUUCCUCCAUUAAUGACAGUUUGGUUCAAUUAGGCUCAGUUUUCCAAUCAAUCCGUGUUUUACUUUUAAAUGAAAAAGUUUUCCACCAUCUCCAUCCUGAAAUGAUCCAAUUUGGUUCGGGUAUUCAUUCUAUUCAAAAUUUUAUCAAAACAUACACAGAGCUUUUAGAAGAUCUUAGAUCAAUCAGAAAAGAAAAAAGUUAUUUAAAAUCUUUCUUAAAAAUAAAACAUUAGAUUAAUUAUUUUGUUUUUAAAAUA